CGCUGCCCGGCGGUGCCCGGUGGGGUGAGCGGAGGCGGCGGCAGCUGGCUGCCCCCGUGAGCAGAGCCAUCCGAGACUGCAUGGAGAUCCUGCAUAGGAAACCGGCCAGGUGACCAGGGACCCGUAUCCGCCGGCUCCUGAUGACCAGUCAUUUUCACUAAGGCAAUGGCGUGGUCCAAAAUGAGAAAUAAAUUCCUAUCGCUGACUGCAAGGUGAAAAGGAAGCAGGCGACAGACCGAGGGCUGCUGAGCAGAAGAUGGACCCCUGUGAAGACCUGGAAAGGUCCAGCCUUAAAUGUCUGGACUCCAGGGGGACUGAGCCUCUGGAACUUGAAAGAGCGCAGGCCCGGGCCUCGGAGGCCUUGGGGAGAGGACAGGAGGAGAUGUGGAGCCAGAAGUUCCAACUGCAGAGCCCACAGGUGGAGAGCAGCAACAGUGAACAGCAAGAUCGAAAUAGAGUUUCUGAAGAACUUGUAAUGGUUGUGCAAGAAAUGAAAAAAUACUUCCCAUCAGGGAGACACAGUAAGCCAAGCACUGUCGAUGCCCUCAACUAUGCCCUUCGCUGCGUGCACAGAGUACAAGCAAACAGUGGGUUUUUCCAGACCCUCAGUCAGAGUGGAGCACCUCAAGCAGCUGCGACCACCUACAGUCUUGAGGAGCUGGGCACGGCUGCCUCGGGGUACCCUUCCAAAAACACAGGUACCUUUGUGGCAGUUUUUUCCUUUCUGUCUGGAAGGUUAGUGCACAUUUCUGAACAAGCUGCUUCAAUCCUGAAUUGUAAGAAAGAUUUCUUGGAGUCAUCUCACUUCGUGGAACUGCUCGCUCCCCAAGAUGUGAGGGUUUUCUGUGCACACACUGCCCACGCUCACCUCCCCCUCUGGAACAGCUGGACCCAAAGAGCAUCUCAGUACGACUCCACUCCGGUGAAGUCCUUUUUCUGCAGGAUCCGGGGAGGCCAGGACACAGAGCAAGAGAAACAUUACUGCCCAGUCCGGAUUAUCCCUUAUCUGCUGCAUGUACGUAGCUCUGCCCAGCUGGAAUCUGAGCCCUGCUGUCUCACCCUGGUGGAGAAGAUUCACUCUGGUUAUGAAGCUCCUCGAAUCCCAGUGGAUAAAAGAAUUUUUACCACAACACACACCCCAGGAUGUGUCUUUCUUGAAAUAGAUGAAAGAGCAGUGCCUUUGCUGGGUUAUCUACCUCAGGAUCUGAUGGGAACAUCCGUCUUAGCUUAUCUGCACCCAGAAGAUCGUUCUCUCAUGCUCGCAAUACACCAAAAAGUCUUGAAGUAUGCAGGCCACCCUCCCUUUGAACACUCACCCAUCCGAUUUUGUACCCAAAAUGGAGAUUACGUCAUUUUGGACUCCAGCUGGUCCAGCUUUGUGAACCCAUGGAGCCGGAAGGUGUCUUUCAUCAUUGGUCGGCAUAAAGUUCAAACGAAUCCCCUGAAUGAGGAUGUUUUUGCUACCAGAAAAAGGAAGAUGAACAGUCAUGACAAAGACAUAACAAAACUACAAGAACAAAUUCACAAACUUCUCUUACAGUUGCCUUCGCAGCAGGUGUACGUCAGUGGAAACAAAACUACGACUCUGGGACAGCCGUUCUACGUGGACUCAACGGCCAAGCCCCCAGAUACGCGGGUGACAGGGACGCGUCCCGGACGGCUUGGCGAUGAGCAGAAGGCCUCAUCUACCUUCCAGACAUUAAAAAACAACAGUGUGCCCACGGAGUCUUAUGAAGAUUGGAGAAAAGACCAGCAUAACCCAUCGUACCAGCAAAUAAACUGCAUUGACAGUGUUAUCAGAUACCUGAAGAGCUACAACAUUCCAGCUUUGAAAAGAAAGUGUGUAUCCUGUACCAAUACAACCUCUUCAUCCUCCGAAGAAGACAGACACAACCACAAGGCAAAUGAUGCUGAAGCCUUGCACGUGGUGUCUCAGAUCCCAGCCAUAGCCAACCUGGAGAUGCCGACCACCGGGCGGCCCGCACACGCUGCAGGAGGCACUCCGAGGACCCUGGCCCCCACGGCCCUGAGCCUGGGCUCUGGCCUGAACCAGUGCAGCUACCGCAGCCCGCUCAUUCCUGCCCCACCACCAGAGACAGCAGAAGUGACUCCAGUAGAGGAUAUCGCCCCUGCUUAUGAGCCCUGGACAGCACACACCCCCCCAGCUCCACUGCCCUCAGAAGAAUUUAAGCACAUAGGGCUCACGAAGGCUGUUGUGUCAGUGCACACCCAGAAGGAGGAACAGAAUUAUGUUGAUAAAUUCCGGGAAAAGAUCCUCUCAUCGCCGUACAGAUCCUGUCUUCAGAACGAAAGCAGAAGCAAAGCUAAACAUUUGUAUGUUCAAGGAGACUCGGCUUCCAAGCAGGCCGGGUCAGCUGGCUGCAAGAAGGGGAAGCCCGGGCGGAAGAAGCCGUCGGGGCGGUGGGACAGCAGGGACGCCCCGGACACCUUCUGUCUCUGCUUGGGAGGAGACGGCCAGCACAGGGAGCCCUGGGGCCCUUCCCUCGCCUCCGCUCCGCAGGCCUCCAGCCUUCCCUUCCUGGCUGCCCUGAUGGCUCCCGACCUGGGUCCUUACCUUGUCCCAACCCUGCCUUCUGUGGGAAGAGAGCAUGCAGUGUCCCUGACCACACUCAACCGGCUGCCUAAGGCCACUUUAUGGAAUGACUUGCAGACUUUUCCUGCUCUCCCUUCUCCUUCUUUAGAUACUGUGAUGACCAUUUUCUUGCCUGAUCCCCCUGGCUGUCCCCUGCUGUCACCAUCCUUCUGCCCAUAUGAUUUCCUGGGAGCAGCGGGCUCUUCUGGAACGCCGCCCUCACUAUCUGCAGUCACUCCACACCUGGAGCCACUGUCCUCUGUCCCCAGCCGGAGGCGGGUGGAGGGAAAAUGGGAGAUGCCGCGUGGAGAGCACCCCUGCGUUAACUCAAGGAGCAGCUCACCACUACAGCUAAACUUACUGCAGGCAGACAUGCUCGGAUUCUGUGAAUCUUCAGAUCAGACGAGAAGGGAUAUUUGUCUGGAAGCAAAGUAUCGCAUCUCGGGCAGUCGUGGGAAGAACAGUGGUUUUGCCGCUGGUGAGCUGUUCAUGGCACUGCUCCACGAGGAGCCACCAUCUGGAACGGGUUUUGCGGCAUCAGGAAGCAGGGACAGCAGUGUGGACUUCUCUAGUACUGGUUGUCCUGAAACCACCUCCAAUGGGCAGCAGUCUGAGGACGCACAGGAAGAGGAAACAUUUCCCGGUUUAGCUGAAGAGGCCAUGUGGAGAAUGAUAAAGCAAACUCCUGAGCGCGUUCUCAUGACGUACCAGGUACCUGAGAGGGUGACAGAGGCUGUACUGAGAGAGGACCUGGAGAAGCUGGCGGGCCUGCGGGGGCGGCAGCCCCGGUUCUCACGCAGCCAGAGGGAGGAGCUGGCCAAGGUGCACUCUUGGAUUCAGAGCCAGACUGUCCCUCAAGGAAUAGACAUCCAAGUAAGCACUGUGACAACAGCUGUCCUGUGUGAUGUCUCUCUGUGCCAGGCAGUGCCUGAGGCACUUAAUAUGCAUUGCACCAUCCCACUGAAAAUUACAGUCCUCACAGAUGCUUCUACCUCACCCAUGAGCAGCAAAGUAUCGUGUACAGAUAUUAAAUAAUUUAUAUAUGGUCGC